UACCACGAGAUCAGGAAUUUGAAAAGUGACAAGCUGCAGAUAUCGCGAGACUUGAUUUUGAAAAGCCGCGCCAUUCGAGGGAGAAGAAAACAAACUGAUCUUCACCAUGACUGCUGAUAACGAACUGGAGAUACAAGAAGCUUUUCAGCGGGCUCAGAAAGCGCACCACAACAAAGCCAAGCUGGUUGCCACUUUGAAGAACAGAUAUAUUAAGUUGGAGGACAAGUCUGAGUUCCAUGAGGAGUUUCUCCGCUGUCUGAAGUAUGCCAUGAUCGUCUACACCAGAGAACCUGCCGUGGAGAAUGUGAUCGAUUUUGUGGUGAAGUUUGCUGUUAGUUUUGAAACUCCUGUGAGUGAAGAGGAGGAGGUGGAGAGUGAUGAAGAUGAUGGCUCAUUUCUGCACUUCCUGCUCAACUUCCUGUUGGAGUCUCACACAGCGAACAGUCAUGCAGUGCGGUUCCGUGUUUGUCAGCUGAUCAAUAAGCUGCUGGGCAGUCUGAGUGAGAAUGCUCAGAUCGAUGACGAAAUCUGUGAACAGAUCCAUGAGGCCAUGCUGAUCAGAGUGACGGAUAAAUAUCCCAACGUCCGGAUUCAGGCAGCGCUCGCUAUGGCCCGACUGCAGGACCCCAAUGACCCUGAGUGUCCCACCAUUAAAGCGUACAUGCUGUUGUUGGAGAACGACUCUAAUGCUGAGGUUCGGCGGGCUGUUCUGUCCUGUAUUGCCCCCUCCGCUUUCACGCUUUCCAAAAUCUUCAAACGCACCCGUGAUAUUAAAGAGAAAGUGCGGAAAUUGGCCUAUCAGGUCCUUGCUGAAAAAGUGCACAUUCGAGCUUUGACUAUCGCUCAGAGAGUCAGUUUGCUACAGCAUGGCCUCAAUGACUCUGCAGAGUCUGUGAAGGAGGUGGUGAAGGUGUGUUUGUUACCUGCCUGGCUGCGCCUGCUACAGAAUGAUGUUCUGCAGCUACUGCACAGGCUGGAUGUUGAGAAUUGCGCAGAGACCGCUGUUUUAGCCUUGCAUGCUCUGUUCUCCACGGCAACGACUCUUGACGACCUCUUGCAGAACGGAGCAAAGCUUGAUGAAAGAAAGCUGAUCCCUGUGGAUGCUCUAACAUGCGAGAACGUGCUGUACUGGAGGGCUGCCUGUGAGUUUGUGAAGGCUAAAGGAGACGAGGGGGAAGAGCUUCUGGAGAAACUGCUGCCAGAGCCUGCCAUCUUCGCUGAAUAUCUGUACAGUUAUCUGAAGAGUGUCCCGCUACUCUCAGAGGAACAGAGGGCUGAUAUGACUCAGCUGGAGCUUGUGAUGACCAAGGAGUUCAUCGGUCAGCAGCUCAUUCUGCUGGUGGGCUGCUUAGACACCACUGAGGAAGGGGGCAGGAGGCGUGUGUUGGCGGUGCUUAAGGAGAUGUUGCUCUUGCCCAACACUCCACUGUCUCUGAUUGGUCAGCUGGUGCAGAAACUGGUGGGAAUUCUCCAUGACGACCAACAGCGUAUUACAGUGAUGGCUGAGAUUAUCUCUGAUUUGAGGGAGCCAAUCGUACCGAUCACAGAGUGUGUGGAUGAGAACGAGAAACGGAAGAAACAAGUUAAACUGGCAGAAUUGAAGGUCUGUAUAAUGGAAUGUAAGCAGGAGUUAGAGGACUGCAUUAGCCGUGAGGAUUUUGCGAGAGCGGCCGAGCUGAAGGAGUCGAUUGCCCAGCUGGAAGAGCGCCGGGGACAACUGGAGCUUGAACCCGAACAAGACCACACCAAAGAGCAGCGCGUUGAGAAGUCUCGGGUUUCAGGUCCAGAGUUUUCCUGCACUUUUUCAUCUCUAGACUUUACAAAGAAUGAUCCAGAGACGCUGCUGAAGUGUCUGACAAUGUGUGCUGAAGUUCUGAAACAGAUGAACAUCAAUAGAGGAAUCUGCCCCACUAUCACCGCUCUGAUAGAGUCUCUGAUCUUGCCAAGCGUGUCUAACUCAAACUCUGCUGUGAGGAACAUGGCUGUGGUGUGUUUGGGAACGGCAGCACUCCACAGCAAUGAUCUUGCAAACACACACCUGGUUCUUCUUCUGCAGAUAACUCAGCUGGAUGAACCAAAGAUCAGGAUCAGUGCUCUCAAAGCUCUAAUUGACCAGCUUCUCUUGAAUGGACUCAAAAUCCUCCAGGAUAAGCCCUCUGACCUGCUGGAUUCGGAUGGACAGUCAGAAGAGGAGGAGAGUCCGGUGCAGAACAUUCUGAAGAUGCUCUCGGAGUUCCUUGAUAGUGAGAUUUGUGAGCUGCGCACUGAGACGGCAGAAGGUUUGGCGAAGCUAAUGUACUGUGGGAGGAUUGUUAGUGCAAAGCUACUGUCUCGUCUGGUUCUGCUGUGGUACAACCCUGUAACAGAGGAGGACCAGAGACUCCGACAUUGUCUCGGAGUGUUUUUACAGCUUUAUGCUCGAGAGAGCAGGGCCCAUCAGGAAUGUGUGGAGGAGAGUUUUCUGCCCACCAUGAGAACUCUCUUCAAUGCUCCAGCCACAUCUCCUCUGUCUGAGAUCGACACCUCCAACGUGGCCGAACUCUUCAUAGAGCUCACACGGCCCAGCGCCCUCGUUCAGCCCUCACAGGGUGUGUGUGUGCACGACUCUCUGGCAGUGCGAGUGUGUAAUGAGAUCUUGCGGGAUAUCGAGGCUCCGGAGGUUCGUCUGUACUGUAAAACCCUCAGCGGUCUAGAGAUCAGCACUGAACCUGGACCAGCCAAUCAGGAGCUUCAGCAGCUACUCUCACAGAUACUGCAGGAGGUGAAGGAUAAGUUCUGUGUGAGAGCUGUUGAGAAAGUCCUCAAUCAACUGAAAGGAAGUCAGCAGUCUAAACCUUCAGCUCCUCAGGACACGGUUCUCACAGCUGUGGAUGAGAACGGCAGCAGCGGAGCUGUGAACGAGGAUGAGACCAAAUCUAAACGGCCUAGAAGAGGUACAGCACAAAACGGCCAAAAGAAAGUUUCUACAGCAAAGACCUCUAAGAAGAGUUGUGAAAAUAAGGAGAAAUCUGAUGAAAGCGAUGAAGAGAACAUUCCAGAAGCUGCUCCUCCGUCAGUGCGGCCGACCCGACGGGCGAAAGCUGCUGCUCUGGAGAAAACCAAGCAGGACCUGACUGCCCUUAUGAAUAGAGAGGCCAGUUCUUAGAUCAGGUUCACUUAACCAUAGAUAUCACCCCGAGGCUGAUAGAGAUGCUUAUCUUUUACUUGUUUUCUAAAAUGUGCUUACUUUGUAUUACAUAAUCAAUAUUCUGUAUGCUCCUUCAUUUAGAUUCCUAUUAAACUGCACCUUUAUUACAACACUUUUA